GAAAAUGGCACAAAAGUGACGCAUCCAGCCCUCAGCUGUUUUUGUUUUUGUCUGUCUCCUGUUAACUCUAGAAGUUAGGGUUAACAGAACAGAACAAUACACGCGCCGUGUUCUAAAGUAGAAGAAACAACUAAUCAUUUUAGUUUCAGGAUUCAAGCCAGCUGUUUCUAAUUUGUAUAGUAUUUAUAACAUUGUAAUAACUAAUCUCGAGCGCAUACGUGUGUUGAGAAGCUGGGUUUCGGAGUGAUCGAUCCGAACACAGGCCCCCGAACUAGGGCAGUGGAGCAGGAGAAUCACAGUGGACGGGAUGGAGGACCGGGAGACAUCCGACGGUCCGGGAGGGCCUCAAGGCUUGAUCAGCGCCUCGUUCAACCAGGACACCACGUCUCUAUCAGUGGGCACUAAGUCAGGCUACAGACUCUUCUCUGUCACCUCGGUGGACAAGAUGGACUGCAUCCACGAAGGAGCGGAGUGUCCAGACGUGUACGUCGUGGAGCGGUUGUUCUCCAGCAGUCUGGUGGUGGUGGUCAGUCUCUCCAUGCCCCGACGUAUGAACGUCUACCACUUCAAGAGGGGAACAGAGAUCUGCAACUAUAGCUACUCCAACAACAUCCUCUCAGUCCGUCUCAACAGACAGAGGCUGGUGGUGUGUCUGGAGGAGUCUGUUUACAUCCACAACAUCAAAGACAUGAAGCUGCUGAAGACACUGCUCAACACACCCCACAACCCCUCAGGUCUCUGUGCCCUCUCUGUGAACCAUGGUAACUCCUACCUGGCGUACCCUGGCAGUCAGACCAUCGGAGAGAUCAUUGUCUACGACGCCAACAACCUGAGCACGGUGACGAGGAUCCCAGCCCAUGACAGUCCCUUGGCAGCCCUCACAUUCAACGCUUCAGGAACCAAACUGGCCAGCGCCUCUGAGAGGGGUACAGUGAUCAGAGUGUUCACCAUCCCAGAGGGACAGAGGCUGUUUGAGUUCCGCAGAGGGAUGAAGAGGUAUGUGAGUAUCAGCUCGUUGUCCUUUAGUUCAGACGCCCAGUUCCUCUGUGCCUCCAGCAACACAGAGACGGUCCAUAUCUUCAAACUGGAACAGCACAGCCCCAGGUACUCACUGUUUACAACACAGCCCCAGGUACACACUGUUUACAGCACAGCCCCAGGUACUCACUGUUUACAGCACAGCCCCAGGUACUCACUGUUUACAACACAGCCCCAGGUACACACUGUUUACAGCACAGCCCCAGGUACUCACUGUUUACAGCACAGCCCCCAGGUACACACUGUUUACAGCACAGCCCCCAGGUACUCACUGUUUACAGCACAGCCCCAGGUACUCACUGUUUACAGCACAGCCCCAGGUACUCACUGUUUACAGCACAGCCCCAGUCGAGAGGGUGAGUCUCCUACGUGGGGUGCGUACGUGGGAAAGAUGUUCACAGCAGCCAGCACCUACCUUCCCUCCCAGGUCUCUGACAUGAUGCACCAAGACCGGGCCUUCGCCACCGUACGACUCAACAUGUUCGGACUCAAGAACGUCUGCGCCUUGUCCAUGGUUCAGAAGCUGCCUCGUCUGCUGGUGGCCUCAUCAGAUGGACAUCUCUACAUCUAUAACAUCGACCCACAGGAUGGAGGAGAGUGUGUUCUGGUCAGGAAACACAGGCUAUUUGAAGGAGAUGAGGUGCCACAGGAAGCACAACCGGAAGAGGAGGAGCCAGAGGAUGGAAGGUCCCUCCCACCGUCAACCAGCCCAUCAUACGCUGCCACUGUGGCCCUCCCCUCGAACCCACCCUCUUCUACCACUCUCACAGGCUACUCAGAGGAUGGAGGGGCUGAGAAAGGAGAUGUGAUCCCUGAACAUGAGUUUGCAGAGGGACCCGUCUGUCUGGAUGACGAGAACGAGUUUCCUCCUGUCAGCAACCAGACCAACUGAUCCACCACUUCCCAGGAACCAAUCAACUGGAGCCAUUCUGACCCACCACUUCCUAGGAACCAAUCAACUAGAGCCAUUCACGCUAGAAGGAAGGAUAUCAGUGAUGAGAACCCCCCCCCAUGUCCCCAACGAGCCAAUCAGAUGGGAGAAAUGUAGAUGCCACAGUGGUGAUUGGUUACUCUCAUGUGCCAUUCAGAAGUAGAGUAUGGCUAGACAGUAGGCCUGUCUCUGUACAUUGUCUUAUACCUGGCCCUAAAGGUCAAUAUGAAUACAAUUAAAAUCCAUUCCCUAACUAUCAGAAGGGAAGCAGGUCUGGACUAUGAAGUUGUAGCCUACCUCUAGUCUAAUAUUAACCAAUAUUUAAACUGGUUAAAAAUGGACUUUAAUAUUGAAUUGCAUUCAUAUAGAGCUAUUGAGAAGUGCUGAAAGUGGGGGGGGGGAGAGGGGAUGGUGGAACAGAGAAGGAGAGAGAGAGGGCCUUCUAUCAUAUGUCUUGAGGUGGUUUUUUAUCUCUAGAAAAAUGUGGGAAGAAUAAUAAAAUACUGAAAUGUGAAAAACUUGAUAGAGAGAACUGUAUUAUAGAUUCUUACAGGUCCUUUUAUUUCAGUGAUUAUGUUAUUAACACCAUUGACUAAAUAAUGUUGAAUAUUGUAAAAUUUCAGACAUUACGUAGAUGUUACUACUUUGUAAAAAAUAAUGUUGACUUGUAUUAAAUAUUAUUUUGGAAUAUGAAAUUAGAAUUAUUCAUCAAUGCAUUAGACCUAAAGUACUUAAAUUAAGUGAAGGUUUUGGCGGAAAUUUGAUUUUUAUUGUUUGUGUAUAAUGUGUGUAUAUAUAUACAUGUAUAUAUCGUUUGUAAACAGUAUGCCCAUUGUUAUUACCUUGUGACUGAUUUGUCAAAGGGUGGAGCUUUGAGAACACUAAUGUUCUUUGGAAGUUUUGAUUUUGAAGAUUUUAAACCACAAAUUAAAGGGAAUGUGAAUC